AUGGCCGAUAUCGCGCCGCAUCAAGUCCCAGAUGGGGAGCAAGCUGUCAGCGCCCCGGGCUCUGAGAAGGGCACCGAUAGCCAGAACAGUCCGGGGCCUGAAAUCUCCAACGGUGACGAUUCGGAGAAGGACGAGGGUCCCUUGACCGAGCCCCAUGAGCUCAAGGAGAGCGACUGCUACGAGAAGCUGGGCUACUGCUGGCCGCGAUGGAAGAAGUGGUCGUAUCUCGCUGCCGUCGCCUGUGUUCAGGUCUCCAUGAACUUCAACACAUCGGUGUACCCCAACGCCGUUAAGCCCCUGGCGGCGGCGUUUGAUAUCAGCGAGCAAAAGGCCCGUGUCGGCCAGAUGAUCUAUCUGGUCACCUAUUCCAUUGGGUGCGAACUGUGGGCGCCGUGGAGUGAGGAGUUCGGUCGCUGGCCUAUCCUGCAGCUCUCAAUGUUCCUCAUCAACAUCUGGCAAAUCCCGGCUGCAUUGGCUCCGAACUGGGGGAGCAUUGUUGUUGCUCGUGGACUGGGUGGUAUCUCUACCGCUGGUGGCAGUGUCACUCUGGGUCUGAUUGCAGACAUCUACGAAGCCGAGACGCAGCAGUUCCCACUAGCUUUCAUCGUCCUGUCGUCUUGCAUCGGUACCAGUAUUGGUGGUAUCAUCGGUGGUCCCAUUGAGCGCUUCCUGGGAUGGCAAUGGUUCUUCUGGAUCCAGCUCAUCUUCGGAGGAGUUGUCCAGGCCAUCAUCUUCUUCAUGCCCGAGAGUCGUUCCACCAUCCUCAUCGACCGGGAAGCCAAGCGCCAGCGCAAGACGGGCGAAAACCCGUACGUCUACGGUCCUAACGAGUUGAAGAAGCCGCGAGUCUCACUGAAGGAAGCCGGCACCAUCUGGAUGCGACCAUUCCUUAUGCUUGUCCGUGAGCCUAUUGUGCUGUGUCUGUCGCUUCUCUCCGGAUUCUCGGAUGCUCUGAUCUUCACCUUCCUGGAGAGUUUCACGCUGGUGUACAAGCAAGGCUGGGACUUCGGCACGCUGGCCAUUGCCUGGGCCUUCAUCCCGAUCAACCUGGCCUACUUCCUCACCUACUUCUCGUACUUCCCGUGGUUCAUCCGCGACGGCGCGAUCCGCAAGUCGCAAGGCGACGACGCCCUGCCCCCGGAGCGCCGCCUGAAAUGGCUUUUGUUCCUGGCGCCGUUCGAGCCAAUCGGCCUGUUCGGAUUCGCAUGGACGUCUUUCGGCAACGAGCGCAACGUGCACUGGAUCGGAUCGAUGAUCUUCUCGACGAUGGUCGGCAUCGCCAACUACGCGAUCUAUCUCUCGUCGGUUGACUACAUGAUCGCCUCGUACGGCGUAUACUCAGCCUCAGCGUGCGGUGGCAACGCGUUCGCGCGUGAUUUCCUCGCCGGUAUCUCGGCCAUGUACGCCACACCCAUGUACAGUAACAUCGGCCAGAAGUGGCACGUCGAGUACGCGUCCACCGUGCUGGCGUGUCUGUCGUGUCUGGUCGUGCUGCCCAUCUACGUCUUCUACUGGAAGGGCCCGCAGGUGCGCGAGCGCAGCAAGUUCGCGCAGUCGCUGGCUGUCGACCGCAAGGCGAACCAGGGUCGCCGGCUGAGCAAGCCCCGUGGCGAGCCGUAG